CGCGUAAUGACGUAAAAAGAGCUUUGGAGCACAUGAGCAUCAUGCCAGCCAAUGGAAUGUGGUGCAUAAUAUGGGUUUGGAGACCCUUAUCUCAGUCUUUAUCAUACGAAGACGCAGGAAAAGGGAAGCCAUGCAGCCUAUGAAUAUGUAUAUGGUUCCCAAUCCAGGAAUACCAGGAUGUCCACCAGGAUUAGAGUACUUGACACAGGUAGAUCAACUUCUUAUCAAACAGAAAGUUGAGCUUAUUGAAGUUUUGGCAGGCUUCGAGAGCAACAAUAAAUUUGAGAUCCGUAACUCCAUGGGUCAGAACGUGUUUUACGCGGUGGAGGAGAACGACUGUCUCACCCGUCAGUGCUGCGGCCCGCAGCGAUCCUUCACCAUCCGUGUCCUGGAUAACUUCGGACAGGAGAUCAUCACAGUCAGCCGUCCUCUCAAAUGCACGUCCUGCUUCUUCCCAUGUUGUCUGCAAGAGCUGGAGAUCCAGGCUCCUCCUGGAAACACAGUGGGAUAUGUUCUACAGCAGUGGCACCCAUUCCUCCCCAAGUUCACCAUAGAGAACGAGCAGCGAGAGCCGGUUCUGAAGCUCCAGGGGCCGUUCUGUGCCUGGAGCUGCUGGCCAGAUGUGGACUUUGAGAUCCUGACCCUGGAUGAUGUCAGCAUUGGAAAGAUCAGCAAACAGUGGGCAGGACUUCUCCGGGAGGUAUUCACAGAUUCAGACAACUUUGGGAUCCAGUUCCCCAUGGAUCUUGAUGUGAGAAUGAAGGCAGUGAUGAUCGGAGCCUGCUUUCUCAUUGACUUCAUGUUUUUUGAGACAACUAACUAGUUGCAACGCAGACGGUGUUGUAACUGGAAACGAGUGAGAAGAGAUGAUGUUAACCCUUGCACAUCAUACAUCUGUAAAAUCCAAUGGAAUGCAUGUGGAUAUGAAGCCAGCAGUGUAGAAGAACUGUGAUUUUAGAGACUGUGAAGAAGCUUCCGGUGUGUGUUCAACUGGUUAUGCUGAUUAAAGCACAAUGUGUUUUUG